AGUGGCUGUAUCUAUGAAGACGAAGGGUGUCCCAAACAAAUUGUGAAGGAACCCAAUUGGAGCCAACAUAUGAAAUGUAAACAAUUGUCUCAAUGGUUCCCGUCUUUGAGUAGAUAAUCUAAUCUCCUAUACAACUUGGAAGCCUUCUUUUCCAUAAUGAAUUCUUACAAAACGGACAUCACCAUGUUUCGGCGAAUCGUUAUCUGAGCAUUACCUCGGCAAAGACAGGUGUUCUUAAAUUCUUUCUGAUAAAAUAACCCUUCGCCUAAAUAAGAAAAUGUUUAAAAAUCCUGGUAAAAACUCACACCAUGCAAUGGUCACCUCGGUUCACUGGAGGCAUGGAGUAAGGUCUAUUUUGAUGUACGUUUGGGGACAAAGCUUCUAUAUACGGUGUGCAGUUCAUCACUUUACAAUGUGUCGCCAGGCCGCUCUUUUGCUAUUUACAUCAGCUGAUAGUCUUGAAUGGUUCUAUCUAUCUUGGAGGAUUCUUUUUAGAGAGCCCAAAGUCUCUCAAAAUGCUUGAAUUAUCAUUUGCAAUUAAGGAUGUUUGAUAAUAACUAUCUACAACUAUGGAAAUGAUUUAUGUGAAUCCUGACAGCCACGGAGAGAAUAUAAAAGGCAAAUAGAAACAGCAAAAUGGGAAGAUACAAUUGUACUAGCUUUUUUUUUCGAAACAUCAUUUCUUUGAGAUUCUUUUUUAUUUGCUUUUUUGUCUAGCAUAUACUUUGCUGAAAAAAAUCCUCUUCAUUGACCUUUUACUCUUGCUAAAAAACAAGCCUUUUCUUAAACAAUUUGUCUCGGUUGAAGCAUUCUGCAAUGGGCUCGUCACUUUCACCUCCACAGUAUUCACCUGAAGCGGAAUUACAUUCCUAUUCAAGUCAUGGUUUUUCUAAAGCAAAUGAAGGAAUUGAAGUAAAGAAGUCGGCUGUCGUUGAUGAACGCUACGAAGUUCAAGUUGGUGAAGUAGAUAUUGUCCAACCAAAAGGUUGGUUUUUCAAUUUCGUUAAUAGUUUCCGUCUAGCUAAUACAUCUGAUUCUGGUUCUGAACAUGGCCUACAAAGAAAACUUAAAGCUCGUCAUAUUCAAAUGAUUGCUAUAGGAGGAGCUAUUGGUACUGGCGUUUGGGUUGGUAGUGGCGAAUCUUUAGCUUCUGGGGGUGGUGCAUCUGUCUUGAUUAACUAUAUCCUGGUCGGUACCUUGGUUUUUUUUACCGUGUAUAAUCUCGGUGAAUUAUCUGUGGCCUAUCCUACUCGAGGUAGUUACAUUACACAUGCCACUCGUUUCAUUGAUGAAUCUUGGGGAUUUGCUUUGAGCUGCAACUAUGCUAUGGGUUUUCUCACUUCGAUUCCGCUUGAACUUACUACUGGUACGAUGUUGAUGCGUUACUGGACCGACCUUAAUUCAGGAAUAUGGAUCACAGUCUUCAUAACCUUUCUCAUUUUUAUAAAUAUGUUUGGCGUAAGAGUCUAUGGUGAGAUUGAAUUUUUUAUGUCGACCAUCAAAGUUGCAGCCAUGGUUGGUUUUAUCAUACUUGGCAUUAUCAUUAACUGUGGCGGUGUCUCCACAGACCAUCGAGGCUAUAUAGGAACCGAAUUGUUUCGAGAAAAUGCUUUUCGAAAUGGAUUUAAAGGAUUCUGUUCAGUUUUCACAAAAGCAGCGUUUUCUUUCUCCUGUACCGAAUGCGUAGGUGUUGCUGCUGCUGAAACUGAUAACCCAGCCAAGGCUUUCCCAAAGGCUGUUCGUCAGACUUUUUUUCGUAUAACUAUCUUUUAUAUACUUUCUCUGUUCGUUGUAAGUCUUCUCAUCAGCGGUUCCGACUCCCGCCUCACUUCUUUUAGCGGAGUAAAUGCCAGUCCGUUCGUCUUAGCAAUUAAAGACGCUAAUAUAAAAGCCUUACCUUCAGUUUUAAAUGCUGUCAUUUUAAUAUCUGUUUUAUCUUCCGCAAAUGCUAUGGUCUAUGCUGGAAGUCGCGCCAUUCAUUCGUUAGGCUGUAACGGGUUUGUCCCGAAAUGUUUUAGUUGGGUAGAUCGUUCUGGCCGACCUAUUACUUCUCUUCUUUUAAUAUUUUUAUUUAUGCCUUUGGGAUAUUUAGUAGAAACGGGAAAAAGUACAACUGUGUUUAACUGGCUUUUAUCUCUUUCUGGUCUUGGCACUUUUUUUACUUGGGGAAGCAUCAAUCUCGCCUAUAUUCGUUACCGCUCUGCUAUGAAGCAUCAGCAGCGUAGCUUAAGUCAGAUUGGAUUUCGUUCUCCGUUUGGCAUAGUAGCCGCCUGGUAUGCCUUUGGCUUUAUUUGCUUGAUAUUAAUAGCUGAGUUUUAUGUUUCGGUUAGUCCCCUAAAUGGGAAGCCGAGUGCUAGUUCCUUUUUUAUGAACUAUUUAUCAGCAGUCAUUUUCCUUCUUUUCUUUACUGUUCACAAAGUUAUUUAUAGAACUCCAAUUAUAACCUCCGCAAAUAUGGAUAUCGAAACAGACUUGGCUUGUGUGAUACCAGCACAAGUAGAGGAUGAAAAACUACAAACGUCCGAAGCCGGUUCAUUUCAAAAGGUUAUAAAGAAAAUGAUAGCCUUUUUCUGAAAUGUAUUUCCUUGAUGAUUUUAAUUUACAUAUUUUUUGUUUCCCGUUUAAUUUUUUUAUGAUUAUUUGGUUAUAUUUAGCGAAUGUUUUGUAUCCCACCUCGUUUAAUGAUUUUGUUCUUUGUUAACUUAAUACAUGUUUACCUUUUCCCGUAACGAAUUUCGGCAGGUUUUAAAACU